AUGGAGGAGAGUAAGAAUAAGACAAUGAAUCAAGCACACACCCUCUUUGACAAGUUUGUGCAGGCUACCACCUGCAAGGGGACUCUUAAUGCCUUCCAAGAACUCUGUGAUCACCUGGAACUGAAGCCUAAGGACUAUCGCUCCUUUUAUCACAAGCUCAAGUCAAAGCUCAACUACUGGAAAGCCAAAGCCCUCUGGGCAAAGCUGGACAAACGGGGCAGCCACAAAGAUUACAAAAAAGGAAAAGCAUGUACAAACACCAAGUGUCUCAUCAUUGGAGCUGGCCCCUGUGGUCUCCGCACAGCCAUCGACUUAUCCUUACUGGGAGCUAAGGUAGUUGUUAUUGAGAAACGAGAUGCCUUCUCCCGCAACAAUGUCUUGCAUCUCUGGCCAUUCACCAUACAUGAUCUGCGCGGUUUGGGUGCCAAGAAAUUCUAUGGCAAGUUCUGUGCUGGAGCCAUUGACCAUAUCAGUAUCCGUCAGCUUCAAUUAAUACUUUUGAAAGUAGCAUUGAUCCUAGGCAUUGAAAUUCAUGUUAAUGUAGAAUUCCAAGGACUUGUACACCCUCCUGAGGAUCAAGAAAAUGAACGGAUAGGUUGGCGGGCACUGGUGCACCCUAAAACCCAUCCUGUGUCAGAAUAUGAAUUUGAAGUGAUCAUUGGAGGGGAUGGCCGUAGGAACACCUUGGAAGGAUUUCAUCGGAAAGAAUUUCGAGGCAAACUGGCCAUUGCCAUUACAGCAAAUUUUAUCAACCGAAAUACAACAGCAGAAGCCAAAGUGGAAGAGAUCAGUGGAGUGGCUUUCAUAUUUAACCAAAAAUUUUUCCAGGAGCUCAGGGAAGCUACCGGUAUUGAUUUGGAGAACAUCGUCUACUACAAAGAUGACACACACUAUUUUGUUAUGACGGCCAAAAAGCAGAGCUUACUGGACAAAGGGGUGAUACUGCAUGACUAUGCCGACACAGAGCUUUUGCUUUCCCGGGAGAAUGUGGACCAAGAGGCUCUGCUGAACUAUGCCAGGGAAGCAGCAGACUUCUCUACCCAGCAGCAGCUACCAUCUCUGGAUUUUGCCAUCAAUCACUAUGGACAGCCUGAUGUGGCCAUGUUCGACUUCACUUGUAUGUAUGCCUCUGAGAAUGCUGCCUUGGUGCGAGAGCAGAAUGGACAUCAGUUACUAGUGGCUCUGGUUGGGGACAGCCUCCUGGAGCCUUUCUGGCCAAUGGGAACAGGAAUUGCCCGGGGCUUUCUAGCUGCUAUGGACUCCGCCUGGAUGGUACGAAGUUGGUCUCUAGGAACAAGUCCCUUAGAAGUCUUGGCAGAGAGGGAAAGCAUUUAUAGGUUGCUGCCUCAGACAACCCCUGAGAAUGUGAGUAAAAACUUCAGCCAAUACAGCAUAGACCCUGUCACCAGAUAUCCCAAUAUUAACAUCAACUUUCUCCGGCCAACCCAGGUGCGCCAUUUAUAUGAUACUGGAGAAACGAAAGAUAUUCAUCUGGAAAUGGAGAACCUGGUGAAUUCCCAAACUACCCCAAAGUUGACUCGCAAUGAGUCUGUACCUCGUUCAAGCAAACUGCUUUGUUGGUGCCAAAGGCAGACAGAUGGCUAUUCAGGAGUCAAUGUGACAGAUCUCACUAUGUCUUGGAAAAGUGGUCUGGCCCUAUGUGCAAUUAUCCAUAGGUACCGCCCUGAUCUGAUAGAUUUUAAUUCUUUGGAUGAUCAAAAUGUGGAGAAGAAUAACCAACUGGCCUUUGAUAUUGCUGAAAAGGAACUGGGCAUUUCUCCCAUCAUGACAGGCAAAGAGAUGGCCUCAGUCGGGGAGCCUGACAAGCUGUCCAUGGUGAUGUACCUGACCCAGUUCUAUGAGAUGUUCAAAGACUCGCUCCCCUCUAAUGAUGCCUUGGACUUGAGUGCUGAAGAGAAAGCAGCCUUGAUAGCCAGCACCAAAUCUCCUAUCUCCUUCCUAAGCAAACUUGGGCAGACCAUCUCUCGGAAGCGUUCUCCCAAGGAUAAGAAGGAAAAGGACUUGGAUGGUGCUGGAAAGAGGAGAAAGACCAAUCAAUCAGAAGAGGAGGAAGUACCCUCUGUGUGCAGAGGAAGAUCCACAUUAGUGAGUACUCUGCCUGACAGGAGGACUGAUGUCACACUCAGCAACCAGAACAAAGUAAAGUACAUGGCAACCCAGCUGCUGGCCAAGUUUGAAGAGAAUGCACCUCCACAGUCCACUGGCAUAAGGAGACAGCCAACACAAGAGCAUGGGGUCAGCCAGCCGUCCUGCUGCCUACCUGAUCAGGGUCUCUCUGCUCCCACCCCACAGUGGAAACAGGGUUCAGUAAAGAAGGAGUUUCCACAGAAUUUGGGAGGCAGCGACACGUGCUAUUUUUGCCAGAAGCGGGUCUACGUGAUGGAAAGACUGAGUGCCGAAGGCAAGUUCUUCCAUCGGAGCUGCUUCAAAUGCGAGUACUGUGCCACCACGCUGCGCCUCUCGGCCUAUGCCUAUGACAUUGAGGACGGUAAAUUCUACUGCAAACCACACUACUGUUACCGACUCUCCAGCUCUGCACAGAGGAAGAGACCAGCAGUGACUUCUUUGUCUGGAAAGGAUGCCAGAGGACCCCUGCAAGAUGGCCUCAAUGCAGACACAAAUGGACAAGCCAGUACCGUCACCAACCCUGCUGAUAGAACUCCAGAUACAAGUGUGAAUGGCCUGGAGGAGCCCAGCAUUGCCAAGAGACUGAGGGGCACUCCUGAAAGGAUUGAGCUAGAGAACUACCGCCUGUCUGUGAAGCAGGCAGAGGCGCUGCAGGAAGUGCCUGAGGAGACACAAGCUGAGCACAACCUGAGCAGUGUGCUAGACAAGGGCCUGGAGGAGGACGUGGCCAGCAGCAGUUCUGAGUCUGAGAUGGAGGAGGAUGAGGAGGAUGAGCCUCCACUGCCUACCUCGGACCUGGGUGGUGUUCCUUGGAAGGAAGCUGUGAGGAUCCAUGCUCUUUUAAAAGGAAAGAGUGAAGAGGAACUGGAUGCCUUGAAGAGCUACGAGCCUAACAAUGACAAUGAGGAGGAGGACUGCGACGAGGAGGAGGGAGAGGAAGACUCUGACGAGGAAGAGGAGGAGUCUAGUGAAGCUGGGAGCCAGCGGCUACAGCAGAUCAUAAAUGCAACUGAUCCCUUGGAAAUCCAGGCUGAUGUGCACUGGACACAUAUUCGUGAGAAAGAGGAGGAGGAGCGAAUGGUACCAACCUCUGAGCCCUCCACUUCUAGAGUGCCUGACCUUCCCUCCAUACGCCGUGCAGCAGUUCAGGCCUGGCUGGAGACAGUGUCCGGAGUCCCAUUUGAUGAGGAUGGCCUGGAGGAAGAUGUGGAUUCCGAGCCGGCAGAAAUAGAAGGGGAGGCAGCAGAGAAUGGGGACACGGGUGACACUGGUGCUGAGCUGGAUGAUGAUCAGCACUGGUCUGACGACAUCCCAUCAGAUGCUGAAAUAGAGUUUUGCAGGCAGCACCAAGAGGCAGUGGAAGCAGAGCUGGAGCUGAACAUCUCAGAAAACCAGGACGAACGACCCCCUGCCACUCUACAGCAUAGCAAGAGAGGUCCCUCCCAAGACUCCAGUCCUACCUGGUCCCCGUCGGAACAAGCUGUUCUAUUCUCCUCUGCCCGCAGCCCCGUGGGAGAGGGGGCCCAGAUUCCACUCCCCUCUGAAGCUACCAAUAUGAAAUUGCCCAAGGAGCACCUUUUCCCAGAGCUUUUGGUUUCCAAAGCAAAGUUCAAAGCAGAAGUUCCCACUGAUCAGAAAGCUGUGCACUCUCCCAUCCAGUCCCAGCCAGCAGCUCUGCUGGAAGUCAGGACAUAUACCUCUCCAGUUCGUUCACAGGGCCUGUCCCCAUUGGCCACUUCCACCAUCAUCCCCACACAGCUCCCCAUUUGCUCCCAACCUAAACCUUCCUGUGAGGCCACCAUUCCAUCUCCCACCAAGUCCCCCAUAUGCUUCCAGCCUGAUCCAGUGAAAACUUCCACCCCUCUAACCCCACUCCACAUGAAGAACCAAGGGGAUGCCAAGGACAGACUGGGCAGCCCUCUUGCUAUGGAUGAGGCUCUGAAGCCAAAUGACUUGGUGGCCGAGUUCUGGAUGAAGAGCGCAGAAAUUCGCCGCAGCCUUGGGCUCACACCCGUGGAUCGGAGCAAGGGGCCCAAGCAUAGCUUCCCCUCACCUGCCUUUAAGCCAUUAUCCUUAAAAUCCUAUUCAGUUGAGAAGUCUCCUCAGGAUGAGGGGCUCCAUCUUCUAAAACCUCUACCUAGGAGACUGGCAAAGUCAGAUAGUGACCAGCCCUCUCUGCCAACCCCCAAAUCCCCAUCUGAAAGAGAACUAAAAAGCUCCCACGAGGAACGAAGAGACCUGUCCAACAGUUCGGGGCUGGGCCUUCAUGGGAGCUCCUCCAACAUGAAGACCUUGGGAAGCCAGAGCUUCAAUACCUCAGACUCUACCAUGCUUACUCCACCCUCAAGCCCGCCUCCACCCCCACCCCAGGACGAGGAGCCUGCAACUCUUAGAAGGAAGCCAUAUCAGAUAUAUGGGCAGAAGGAAACCAAGCCCAAGGCCUCCAUAAUCCCAUCCCCCCCACCUACUACCUUUAUGCGGGCCCCCCGAGAGCCUGCCCAACUGCCCUGGGAGGAGGUACGGAAGUCAUUUGUAGAGAGUGUAGCUGAGAUCCCCUUUGCUGAUGACGUGGAGGAUACAUAUGAUGACAAGACCGAGGACUCAAGUCUGCAGGAGAAGUUCUUCACACCCCCUUCCUGCUGGCCCCUCUCUGACAAGCUCUUCCCCCUACCCCUAGCCAAGGAGAAUGUCAAGUUGCUUACUCUAGAGAGCAGGGACCAACUACAGAAGAGGGAACUACCUAUAGUCUCUCCAGAAGCCAAGGAGCUGGCUGAAGAACGCAUGCGAGCCAGAGAAAAGUCUAUAAAGAGCCAGGUGUUGAGAGAUGCCAUGGCCAAACAGCUGAGUCGGAUGAAGGAGAUGGAAAUUGGGGCUGAGACCUCCAGGCCGCCAGGAGGUACCUGCCACAAAGCCUCCUCAAUGUCCUCUAAAGGCAAAGUCCUUGGCCUUAAAUCCUCUAAAUACCCACUGCACAAAGGCCCUGAGGAGCCCACCUUGAAGCACAAAACCACUAGUGAAGAAUUCUCCCCCACAUUGGACUCUGGGGCCCCAGAUGGUUCAGUCACUUCAUCCGAGGGCUCUAGCGGGAAGAGCAAAAAGAGAUCGUCACUCUUCUCCCCCCAUAGAAACAAGGAGAGAAAAUCUAAAGGUGAGGGCCAGCCCCUGGAGAAACACAGCCCAGAUCUCCUGGAGGAAGCAGCUGCCAAGCCCAGGUCCUUGUGGAAAUCAGUCUUCUCAGGGUAUAAGAAGGACAAGAAGAAGAAGGGUGACAACAAGUCCUGUUCCAGCACCCCUUCCAGUGGUGCCACUGUGGACUCUAGCAAGCACAGGAUGUCUCCAAUAGUGAGAGCAGAGCUGCAGCUGCGGGACCAGCGGAGUUUCUCCGAGGACUCUGACCUCUCCAGUGAUGACAUCCUCGAGAAGGUCUCCCAGAAGUCCAAGCGAGAGCCAAGAACUUAUACAGAGGAAGAACUGAGUGCCAAGCUGACCCGGCGUGUGCAGAAGGCAGCUCGAAGACAGGCCAAGCAAGAGGAACUUAAGCGGCUGCACCGAGCCCAGAUCAUCCAGCGGCAGCUGGAGCAGGUGGAGGAGAGGCAGCGACAGCUAGAGGAAAGAGGUGUUGCUGUGGAGAAGGCGCUUCGUGGGGAAGCAGGCAUGGGCAAGAAGGAUGACCCGAAGCUGAUGCAGGAGUGGUUCAGGCUGGUGCAAGAGAAGAAUGCCAUGGUGCGCUAUGAGUCAGAGCUGAUGAUCUUUGCCCGGGAGCUGGAACUGGAAGACCGGCAGAGCCGACUGCAGCAGGAACUGCGGGAGCGAAUGGCAAUGGAAGAUCACCUUAAGACCGAAGAGGAGUUGUCAGAGGAGAAGAAGAUCCUGAAUGAGAUGCUGGAGGUGGUGGAGCAGAGAGAUGCCCUUGUGGCCUUACUAGAGGAACAGCGCCUUCGAGAGAAAGAGGAAGACAAGGACUUGGAGGCUGUCAUGCUGUCAAAGGGCUUCAGCCUAAACUGGUCCUGA